CACAAUUGUCGUGUGUUUCGUGACGAUGGGCGUGGGAGGUUGGCAAGUCGUGCCGUCACCUGCAGCUAGCAGCUCCCGAACAAUCAAUCGAGUCCAGUCGGUCGAGAGCCGACGGUCGUUUGGUGGCCACCAUGUUCGGGACGACCUGUCGGACGCAGUCCAAGGCGUCGACAACGCCCCAUCAAAUGGCGCGUCCCGGUCCGACACAACGAUCCAUCGCCUCGUCACCAAUAUCCUGCCGGGGCUCGUUGUCUUCAUCGCGAGCUUGCUGCUGGUCGUACUGUCGUUCCUGACCCUGCUCGUGCUCGUCUCGCAGGGCAUGUUUGAGCGCUUGGUCGUGUCCGUGAAUGCCCAGACGACGACGUAUUACUGGGCGCCGUACGGCCACAGCUGCAUCUUGGACAAGUCUGGAUUCGUGCCCCGCUCAUGCAGCAACGACGAGGUGACCGUGACUUCGACUGCCGCCAUGGCAGCGAUCGGCACCGUCUUGGCACAGCAAUGGGCGGCGGAGAUGCGCCACGCCGGGGGGCACCUCCUCGUGACAACGUGCAUCCUUGGUGGGACGCAAGCCGUCGGAUGGGCCAACCUCCAAUUCAUCGCAGGAUACGACUACUACCCCGAGUGCCUUCCCACCGCGCCGCAAGACGUGGCCGGGAUGGCCAUGCUUGAAACCACCGAGCGCGACAACCACGUCGAGGGACUCUACUUUCUCACGCUGUAUGCCGACUUGGACCCGGCGAUGUUGGCGCAUGUCGAACACGUCAACUCGGACGGGACGACCCAGAAACUCAUCCUCAACCCGAAACGGACGCUUGUGACCGGCACGGGCGACAUCGAGCCCGACGACCUCGGGCAGGACUACAUCAUCCACUCGUACCCGCUUGGAAUGAGGUACAAAGUGACGGGGAUGUGUGUGACCGAGAUCGAAGAGUUGAGCAUGCUCAAACACGAGCUGGGCUUGACUGGAUGGAGCCAAGGAAAACAUUCAAAGAUGCCCGUGGUCCCGGGCUGGCGCUGCGGCCAUCGCGUUUCCAACGCCAACGAGCUCAUGGCGAUCCAGAUUGUGCUAACCGUCCUCACGCUGUACCUGCUCACGGGAGACAUUUACGUGACUCUCGAAGGGUUUCGCGGCCUCGUCACGGGCGAUCACGUCAUGACGUACAACUUUGCUGCUGGCCUCGAACGCCGAAAAGCGCUCUUGGUGUGCCUCAUCCUGAAUUCCCUCCCUGGCGUCUUGUACUUGGACGUGUCUCGAAUCUACCACUUUACCUCGAACGGGUUGCAGCUGUGGGUGCUGUCGGCGGUCGUGACGGCCACAUGCUGCUCGUUUACAUGGAUCCUCGUCGUGUCAAUCGUCGACAUGAUCCCGCUGCGAUGGCACAACCUGUGCGUGGGGUACUCGGCGCCGUUGUUUCUGUUUUCGUCGAUCGCCGCCAUCUCGGUCGUGUGCUCGAGACGUGACGUUGCAGAGGCCGCAUACAAUCGAUUCUACGCCGCCGAGCCUAACUUGGGCCUUUGGAUCAACAACGCAACGUGGCCGAGCGGAUCCUACGUCGCAAGCGGCACGCCGUUCAUCUUGACCUACGUCGUGGCCGAGAUUGUCAUCCCCAUGAUCACGGCAUUCGUUGUGUCCGUGGCCAUCAUGACGAUCUAUCGGGUUCUUCGGCACCGCCGCCCGUUCAUCGACACGACGUGGUGCCGGGCCAACUCAUUCCUCCGCCAUGCGAACGUGCCCAACUUUAUCACGUCGUUGCCGCUCGAGCCAAGCGAGGCGAUUCGCCUGGGCCACGACAUGUACUGCCGGCCAAGUACGUUGGCCACGAUGGGAUUCGCCACCGUCAUCGACACCGCGACGAAUGACGGGGGACACAUCGAGUCGUGCCAAGUCGUCAGCAUCUAUGCGCUGGUCGCGGCACUCGUAACCCCUCGCGUUGUCGAAGCGAUCGGUGAGAUGGACCAGCAAAGGUUUACCGUGUCGUCGACGCACUGUAUGCUGCGAGCUCGAACGAAGUAUGCGCACACGCGCGGGAUGUGCGUAGUCUAGCCCAUGUCAUGACGUGAGAAUCCAUUCGACCGUCCACAGUUUUAUGGUGCUGCCAAAAACCGUACAGCAACCUCGGCCAGCGGGUUAGCCAAAGCUCUGGCCAUCAAACCUUGCAGGACCUGUGCUAUCCAUCCGUUCUUGUUGCAUAAGGCCAAGCUCCUUCAUGUGUGCUUCGACGUAACCUAGACAAGUACCCACCGAUGCAUCGACAGGAAGGGUGCCAUCGGUUCAUCAGUGGUGGUGCCAUCCGUCUCUCGGACGAUAUGUGGCGUGUGUUCAAGAGGAUCUUGGUUUUUGAGGACAUCGCAUGUCUUGUACUAGCCUGGCUAUCUGACGGCGUCGUCGACGGAGCCAGUGGCGCUGCCACCAGAUCGACGAUGAUGACGGUGGUGGUGGCGAUCGCGGGUGGAUUUGUCCGUGUGUUCGCCGUGAUGUCCUUUUCGCUUCUUCGCCGACGACGGCAGUCCCUUAUCUUUGUGGUGGUGAAACGACGUCGAUGCUGCGUUCUCCAACGUGGGCGGAAUCGUUGAAAAGUCAAACAAAAUUGCGUCGUCUUGGUCGGCAAACCACGGCGCCUGCAGCGCCCGCUUCGCGUGCCAUCGUCGCUUCGGGUCCAACGCGAGAAGGUUUUCAAACACUUCAAUGCCAGCGUCCGGGAACGACUGCAUGCGUUCGAGGAUGACUUUACGCAGACGGGUUUGGUACUUGCGGUUGGGCUGCACAAAGUUGGGCAGGUGCAUCGCGUCCGGCCACAAGUCUUCUCGAGGGGAUCCGCAGAUGCGGUACAAGUACUCGAGCUGCUUCGGGACGUCCCUUCCAACGAUGAGCGGCGGUCCAUGCAGCAUAAUUUGGAGCCCCACGAUGCCCAAGCUCCACACGUCGCUGCGUUUGGUAAACACCUUGUCGCCGAGGAGGAGCUCUGGCGCCGCGAGAUGCAAGGCCGACCCCGUGCAAUGCUCGAGGUGUUCGCUAUCAGACAGGACGUAUCCUCGCAAGGUUGUCGCUCCUUUCGUGUCGACGUGGCGGGCACAGUGGAAUCCCCCCAAUUUGACGUACUUGGCAAAGACAAACACUACCACCAAUGCACACAGGUCAAGACGGACGGACAUCCCUC